AAAGGAUUCUUAUUAAAUCCAGUUGCAUAAUUCAAUAGAAUUCCUGUAGACAUUUCUUUAAGAAAUUUGAGGGAUUAACUGGAAUUAGGAGAGCAGUAAAUAUUCCCUGGCCGUGUUUAGUCGCAAAAACACCAAAGUCAUUGAAGCAGAGCGAGUGAAUGACUAAUGUGAUACUCAGCAGAAAGAGGUGCUUUACGCCAUCCGGUCCACGGCAUCCUUUGACUGGAAGACACGGAACACGAGGACGGUCAUUAAAGAGGGAUAGGGAUGCUGGUCAAGAGCAGUUGAAUCCUGCUGUUUUCAACCUGAUCACGAAGUGGAAUGCAACACGAGCUCACAGCAGAGACAACGACAAACUGCUAACAUUGAGCAAACUGAACCACCCACUGAACAUAACGGUUAUAUCCUCGCUACGUCCGUUUCGUCGUCCGCUACACUUCUGAAUGUUGUACUGUUGCGGUGGAAGGGAGAAGGGGGAGAAGGAGCACACGGGCGCGGAGGAGGCGUUGAUGAACAGCGGGGAAACGGACACCGUCACCGCAGGAAACCGGGAAGAAACUCCAGCUGCAGGGAUGUUUGUCGCAACGGAUAUGCCUGAGCUCCUGCCGCCCUCGGGGCAACUUCAACCGAGUCCUCGUGACUCGGUGUGUCAGAUGCAGCAUUUGCGGGUUGAGUUCAACAGAGUCUUCUUGAGCCCCGAAUCCCCUCAACGGAGGUUAGGCCAGAGGGCCCCCAAACUCGGACAAAUUGGACGGUCAAAGAGAGUGGUCAUAGAGGAUGAAGAUCUGGACGACAUCAUGAACAACAACAACAACAGUGGACCUCUACCUGUCCCUCUCAGCAAUGAGCCAUCCUGAGCCUCUCUAGUAAUAUUCUAGACCAGCUAUUCGGGAAAUACGCUCUUCUGCCACAGGACAGUCGGGACACUUUCAGCAGGAGAAAAGGCAGACACCUCUCCCAGUAUCAGAUUCACACGAGAUCCGCAUGCGUUUCAGCUGUAGUUUAGUAGUCGCAUGGCAGCAGCUGUCAGCCUACAGCAGGCCACACAGGUGAUUUGUUGUGUAGUAGCUUCUUAGACCAGAGCUGUGUGUGUAACACUCGUGCCUCCCCGAGGAAGAAAUGUGUAUAUGUAGGCUGGUUAACAUAUUUCUGACCAAAGGCAAAGACCAGCCACUGUAGAUCACUCUGUCCUGGCUUGUGCUGUUAUAUAUCUUUUGUCUUUCAACUUAUUCAUUUAGACAUCUGGUAAGAAGAAUAGCACAAUGUUCUUGUGUUUCACUUUGUCUCUCUAAA